ACCCAGAGGCGGCCGACCUCGGCUGGCUGGCUGGCUGCUCGCGUAUUGACAGCAGCCGAAGCGGCGGCUCCAGCAGCUUCUCUUCGGUCGGCGCUGGGGAGGGAGAGAGGGAGGGAAGCAGAGACGGGCGGGCGGGCAGGAGAGAAGCCAAGCGCGGAACCGCCGCCGCCGGUGGAGGCUCUAGGAGAGGCGCCGGGGUUCUCCUGGCCCCGGCUCGGCGAGGGAGGGCAUGGCCUUCAUGGAGAAGCCGCCGGCGGGCAAAGUGCUGCUGGACGACACGGUGCCGCUGACGGCGGUGAUCGAGGCGAGCCAGAGCCUGCAUUCCCACACGGAAUACAUUAUCCGGGUACAAAGAGGAAUUUGCAUGGAAAAUAGUUGGCAGAUUGUGAGACGAUAUAGUGACUUUGAUUUGCUGAAUAACAGUCUACAGAUAUCUGCUCUUAGUCUACCUCUUCCUCCCAAAAGGUUGAUUGGGAAUAUGGAUCGUGAAUUCAUAGCUGAAAGGCAGAAAGGACUCCAAAACUAUCUCAAUGUGAUUACUUCCAGUCUUAUACUGUGCAACUGUGAACCAGUAAAGAAGAUUUUGGAUCCAAGCAACUACUCUGUAAAUUAUACUGAAAUUGCCUUACAGCACGUUUCAAUGUUCUUUCGGUCAGAGCCCAAAUGGGAAGUGGUGGAACCUUUAAAAGAUAUAGGCUGGAGGAUACGGAAGAAGUAUUUCUUAAUGAAGAUUAAAAAUCAACCAAAGGAGCGGCUAGUAUUAAGCUGGGCUGACCUCGGCCCUGACAAAUAUCUAUCUGACAAAGAUCUUCAGUGUGUUGUGAAACUCCUCUCAUCUUGUUCCCAUCCCUAUAUUUGCAAGGUCACUUUUGCAACUGCCAAUGAAUCUUCUGCACUAGUCAUCAGACCCUACAAUGAAAAAGGAACGUUAAAAGACCUGAUAUAUAAGGCAAAACCUAAAGAUCCCUUUUUGAAGAAGUACUGCAAUCCGAAGAAAAUUCAAGGUCUUGAACUUCAGCAGAUUAAAACAUUUGGCAGACAAAUACUAGAGGUCUUAAAGUUCUUACAUGAGAAAGGAUUUCCAUAUGGCCAUCUUCAUGCCUCAAAUGUAAUGCUGGAUGGAGACACGUGCAGGUUACUAGACUUGGAGAAUUCAUUGCUGGGGCUCCCAUCCUUCUAUCGGUCUUACUUCACGCAAUUCCGCAAAAUUAAUACUUUAGAAGCUGUUGAUGUGCAUUGCUUUGGUCACUUGCUGUAUGAAAUGACCUAUGGGAGACCACCAGACUCUGUUCCAGUGGAUAGCUUCCCUCCUGCACCAUCCAUGUCUGUAGUGACUGUACUGGAAUCAAUUCUUUCUCCUGAAGCCAUGAAGAAUGGCAUGCCAACUGUCUCUCGGCUGUUACAGAUGCCGUUAUUCACGGAUGUCCUUCUAACAAAUUCAGAAAAAACACAAUUUAAGGUUCCCACAAAGUUAAAAGAGGCAUUGAAGACUGCCAAAGAAUGCAUAGAGAAGAGACUAGUAGAAGAACAGAAACUGAUUCAUCAGCACAGAAGACUGACAAGAGCGCAGUCUCAUCAUGGUUCAGAGGAAGAGAAGAAAAGGAGGAAGAUCUUAGCACGAAAAAAGUCCAAACGCUCAGCCUUUGAGAGUGGAGAAGAACAGACAAUGAAGUACAGCAACUCAAACAAUUCAGGCUCAGGGGCGAGCACACCUCUAACGUCCCCUUCUUCGCCUGUUCCACCUUCUACAGCAGGCACCUCAACCAUUCCUUCGCCACCUCCGCCACCAGCAGCUCCUCCCCCUCCUCCCAAUUUGGACGUGCCAACACAGCCUGACUCACGGCCUCUUAAUGUCACAAGCCGGGGCGCCUUACUCAGCUCCAUCCAAACUUUCCAGAAAGGAGCUUUGAAGAAAACAGAAACCCGUGACCACAGUGCUCCUCGAAUCAGCUGAAACUAUUCAUGCCACAUCAGCUUGGAUCUAUUUUCCACUUGUGUUCUAGGAACAAUUUUUUUUUUUGCAUUAGUUUCAUUUAGCUGCUGCCUAGUGGGGGUUUUGUUUUACAGUUGCCUGUUUAGAACCAUUUCAAGCUUUUUCUUUUCUCCUUAAAACAAUCUCUUAUUAUGCUAGCAGCACUGUGUUGGAUUGCUGUUGCCAUUUGGAGGGUGAAAAGUGUUAAUUCCAAUUUAAAGGAACUCUUACUCUUUUACAGAAUCUUGUUUGGUAGGUAGUAUUCCUUCAAAGAGAAUAAAAAAAUUUAAAAAGCUCAACAGCGAGAGUUUAUUGCCUAUGAUGUGAUCCCAAGGGCUUUUGAAAGACUAUCCAUGGCACAGUGAUGUUUGAUAUAACGAGUUACCUUAAUUAUGCUAAAAGGCACUUAAUGUGAAAUCUGUAACAUUGAUGGAGAGCUUAGGUCUUGUUUUUUUCCCUUUCUUCCUGCAAAGCACUAAGAUAAUUUGGUACCAACUGUACUUUUAAGGAGAAGAACGUACAAUGCAGGACCCAACUGAGCUUGUGGUAAGCUACAAACUGAACUGUUUUACAUGUGUAAAGGACUUGCAGAGCAUUUCUUUCAAGCGAAGUUUAAUAACACUGUGAGAUGCAUUAUCGAGCUAGGAAUUAAAAGAGCUAAAUAAUUUCGAUAGAAAUGUUUCCGUGAAAAAUAUUAUGAUUUUAUCAAACCCUUGAAUUGCAGUUUAAGGAUUAUUAGUAAUCCAUCUUCAAAAUGAGUAUACAUCAAUGUUUGUUACUAUGCAGAGAAUGUCACUGUGUAUAAGAGUUCAUGUAACCUGCAAUAUAUUCAAUCAUAUUUUUAUUACAAUAAAUGUCAAUAGAAUUUCA